ACUCGUCCACUGCUCGUCCACUACCACCAUAAGCCCGACUGACCGCUUUUCAACUUGAACACAAAACUACCACACGAGCAUGUUUGAUGCUGAUUCCACAGUAUGCACCGUCAGUGAUGAGGUGGUUACGUGGUGGGCUUGCUUGACGAUCCAUUAAUCAUCUCGGCUACCGUCUUGAGCCACCGGUUGCAAGGGGAUGUUAGGGCUGUUAGUACAUACCACAUAUGCGGUGUACCUGGUGGCGGGAAGAGCUCAAGGUCAGGCAUAGUAGGCAAUUUGUGGGGUGCAAGGGAGUCUAGAAGACUUUCGUCAUGGCAUUUUCUCUGGAGAAGAACUUGGCACACAUAUAUAUAAAAAGCCUAUGAUGCCUCGCCAUCAAUCAGUUUUACUUACACCCACAAGCUCAGCAAAGCAACUACCGAUACUAAGGACAAUCAUCGAAAACAACUGCCCGUCAUGGUUUCCAUCAAGCAACUUACUUUCCUCGCCCUCGCCACCGGCCUCGCAACCGUUGACGCUCAGUCCACUGGAAAGACCACACGAUACUGGGACUGCUGCAAAGGCUCUUGCGCAUGGUCUGGUAAAGCUCCCGUGAGCUCACCGAUCAAGACUUGCGACAAGAACGACAACCCACUCUCCGACGUGAACACAAAGAGUGGAUGUGACGGCGGGUCAGCAUAUAUGUGCACUGACCAGUCACCCUGGGCGGUCAGCGACGACCUUGCAUACGGUUUUGCAGCAGUAAAGCUUUCUGGCAAGACUGAGAGCAACUGGUGCUGUGCAUGCUAUGAACUGACAUUCACAUCCGGCCCUGUCUCAGGCAAGAAGAUGGUCGUGCAAACCACCAACACUGGCGGCGACUUGGGAGACAACCACUUCGAUCUCGCUAUUCCUGGUGGUGGCGUAGGCAUUUUCAACGCCUGCACUGCACAAUUCGGUGCGCCACCCAACGGAUGGGGCCAGCAAUACGGCGGUAUCUCCUCCCGCUCCGAGUGCGAAAGCUUCCCUCAGAAGCUCAAGCCAGGUUGCGAAUGGAGGUUCGAUUGGUUCAAGAACGCGGAUAACCCAAGCGUUUCUUUCAAGGAGGUUACUUGCCCCAAAGCUUUGACCGACAAGACCGGCUGCGUUAGGCAGUAGAUGAUGGAUGAUGAUGCUAAGCACGCUUAGACGCGCCUUUCGCUGUAUAUAUAUGAACUUAUGACACAAAGAACGAUAAUGAUACAUUCGUUGACCUAACUAAUCAUGUUUGGUCGUCAACUCCGUCUGCCCGACCUCAUGCUCGUGUGAGCUUCCUGAGCUGACCUGUGCCAGCUUCCCAUUAACGCCGGCAAUAGCACUCUCAACAGCGGCCGCUACAUCAAUAUGGAAGAACGGUCUGUUCUGUCCAUGCACAGUGGUGACCUUGCCACUCGGUAGUCCCUUGCUCCUG